AUGUCGUCUGCAGACGCGGAGGCCCAGUGUUCAAGCAUCUCUCGGGAGGAUAAUACCCACUUGUCAGCAACCAGUCAAGGAUAUGUUUUACCAGAAGGAAAAAUCAUGCCAAAUACAGUCUUUGUUGGUGGAAUUGAUAUAAGGAUGAAUGAAACAGAAAUUCGAAGUUUCUUUGCACGGUAUGGCACUGUGAAAGAGGUGAAAAUAAUCACUGAUAGAACUGGUGUUUCCAAAGGGUAUGGGUUUGGCUCUUUCUUUAGGCAAAUAGAUGUGCUGAAAGCGCUGCAGGAAUCACAAAUCAACUUCCAUGGCAAAAAGCUGAAACUGGGGCCAGCGAUUAGAAAACAGCAAAACUUGUGUUCUUAUAUGCACCCCAGACCUUUGGUUUUUAAUCCUCCUGCACCACAGUUUCAUAGUGUGUGGAGUAAUCAAAACACAGAGCCAUAUAUGCAGCCUCCAGCUGUGAUGAGUCCAGUAACUCAGUAUGUUCAGACAUAUCCAUACAGUUCACCAGCUCUGUUGAUACAGCAACAAGUUCCUGUAGGAUAUCAGCCAGCUUACAACUAUCAGGUUCAACCACAAUGGCUUGCUGGGGAGCAAAGGAAUUAUGUUAUGCCUCCGGUUUAUACUUCAGUAAGCUAUCACUAUAGUGAAGAUCCUGACUUUAUCCAGACAGAAUGUGCUGUUCCAGAGCCCCCACAGUCGUCUAGUAACAGUCCACAAAAGAAAUCUGUGGACAGGAGCAUACAGACAGUAGUAUCCUGCCUGUUCAAUCCUGAGAACCGGCUGAGAAACACUUUUGUCUCGCAAGAAGACUACUUUAAGGAGAGAAAGGUGCAUCACUUCAGAAGAAGCCGAGCAGUGCUCAAAAGUGUUUGA